UACACACUAUUUACAGCUAAUUAAUUCCACAUAUUUUCACCUGGUACUGCGUCAUGGUCCCGCGAGGUACAUUGGGUAUUCCCCCAGCCCCUGCACAGCGCCGCAACACGUACUGCAUAGGGGUGACCCGGGAUAAUAGUUGGGGUGGGUCGAUUAACUUAAAUAGUAACCCCCGCUAUAUCCCUCUCCACUUCUGCUAGCAUAAGAUUCCUAGCAACAACUCUGAUGCUCAUAAAUGUACAAGAUUAAUUUCUAAAUGGAUACCAGAUUCGAUUCAACAACUGUCCCCGAUACCCGGGUGGAGAGAGUGUGUUUAGAUCUCAAACAUGAGCAGAUCCACGGUUCUGUUUGAUUAACGAUGGUGACCGUGUGGAAGUACAGUUGCGUGAUCAUCUGCGCCUGCUUCCUGCACUCUUCCUGCUUGCAAGACCCAGAUGAGCCAAGCUUGUGGGGGAAGAAGGUGGACUUUCUGCUGACGCAGUGCCGCUUCUGGCAGCUGAGUCCCGCUCUGCUCAUCCCGGAGCUGGAGGAGUUCACGCUUUGCGUGGACCUGCGUAGUAAAAUCAGCACCAAAGAUUGGACGGUCUUCAUGUACAAGAGGCAUGGUGACUCCCAGCCGGAACUGGGGCUGUCCGGAAUGAGGGACAUGCUGCGGGUGUGGCUCUUUGGGACAGAGUGGCCCACCAACGUUACACUGUCGGAGGACAACUGGCACUCCAUCUGCAUGGUGUGGUCCGGCCGCCUGCACCUCUACGUUAACGGAGUUGAAGCCCCUGGCACCUACAUGUUAGAGUCAAGCCGCGGCGCCACCCGCCGCCUGGCACCCAACGGCACGCUGAGCCUGGGCACGUCCCACGGGUUCACUAACGGAGACAUGGUCCCCGAGGACGGCACCAGCUUCCUGGGCUCCGUGUCCGUGUUCCGCAUGUGGGGACACGAGAUCGACCCGCAGCAUCUUUCUGCGUUCAGGUGCGCUGAGGGCAACAUCAUACGCUGGAAUGCGCUGGACUGGGAUACGAAAGAGUGUCACGGAGUGUCUGACCCCAGCCUGCCGUGUGGUGACACUUCUCCUGUGACCCCACCAGUGAUCAUGUCCAGCACCAACAGACAAGAACGUCAGUCUACUGAGGAUGUGUCCAGCCUUCCUCCAUCUGUACCUGUCUCCACCCAUAUGACCCUGACCAGCUCCGUGGGACAUGAGUCUGACAGUUUCUUCAGGGUCAGCCUUAACGUGACCAUCUCUGACAUCCCACUAGACCCCCAGGACACCGUUCAGACCUGGCUGACUGAGACUUUAGAGGAACACCAGAUGACGGUUCUGAAUUUGAAAGUCACCUCCCCCAGGCGGCAGGAAUGGAUGAAUCUGGAGGUGGGGGAGUUCUCACAGCCUUCAAGCCACAGCUGUACUUUCCAAGUGCAGGUCACAGCACACUCAGACUUCACUGAAAGCGAGAUGCUGCUCCGAUAUCUCCUGGAGAAAGAAUACGGCCGGAUACGCGCGGAGCCCGAAAGCAUCCAGAUCGCUCUCAUAGAACCUGGGACGUGUCCAGAGCGCAGGCAACAGACAAGACAUGGUUUCUACAUUUGGCUACAAACUGCUGCUCAGAAAACUGCCACUUUGCCCUGUGAAUGUGACCCAGACAAGGCAGCCACCCGGCUCUGUGCCCUGGAUGCCAUAUCUGAACGGGCCAAGUGGUCUCCUGCAGAUCUCCGCUCCUGCCCGCUCAUUGCCAUUCCUGACCUUGAGAGUAUCUAUAUCUCACCAGAAAAUUCCAUGGAUGUGGUGGAGAUAAUCGCAAAUCUAACACGUGCCCAAACAUCCCUGAGUCCCCCUGACCUCAUCAUCCUGAUCACCAAGCUAGAGGAGAUCGUCGCCGUCGCCGUGGUGACGCCGCCUCUGGGGUCGGCCAUCAUCAACAUCAUCUCCAGCAUCAUGGCUUCCGACAGUGACCUCUCAGCCGUCACUAACAACAUUCUCAAUAUUACAGACAACAUCGGGAACAGCAUGAUCUACAGCGGGGAGCAGUAUGAUGUGAUAACCCCCAGCCUGGCCGUCUCCCUCCUCAACGUCAACUCCUCUCGGUUUCAGGGUCUCUCCUUCGGGGUCUCGUCCAUCUUGCAGGACAGUGGCCCCGAGAUCUUCCUCAACCAGGAACCUUUCCAAACCACCGUGGCCUUCAUCUAUCUGCCGCAGGCGGUGGGCCAGUAUUUCCCUGAGAGCACUGGGAUUCCGUCCCGAGUCCAGUUUCAUUUCUACGUCAUUUCGGAUCUCUUCACGGACAAGUGGAGCCAGAUGGAGCUGAACACCUACGUCGUGUCUGCCAGUGUCACAAAUGCCACCAUCAAAGACCUGAAGCACCCAAUCUUUGUGACUCUUCAACACCACAAAGCCACCCAGCCCAAGGACAAAGUGCAGUGUGUCUACUGGGAUUUCAGCAAAAAUGGCAGACAGGGUGGAUGGGAGUCCAGUGGGUGCAGAGAGAACCAGACCAGUGCGACCCAUACCACCUGCUUCUGUGACCACCUCACUCACUUUGGGGUGCUACUGGACGUGUCCAGGACUCCAGUGAGUGAGAUCAAUGAGAAGAUCCUGACUGUCAUCUCCUACCUGGGCUGCGGUGUUUCCUCCAUCUUCCUAGGCAUCAGUGUGCUGACAUAUGCGGCCUUUGGGAGGCUUCGGAGAGAUUACCCAUCAAAAAUCCUGCUUAAUCUGUCACUGGCCCUGCUGGGUCUGAAUCUCGUGUUCCUCGUCAACUCCUGGCUGUCGUCCUUCGGCUCUCGGGGCCUCUGUGUCGCCGUGGCCGCAGCCCAGCACUACACCCUCCUGGCCUCUUUCACCUGGAUGGGCCUGGAGGCCGUUCACAUGUACUUUGCUCUGGUGAAGGUCUUCAAUGUCUACGUCCCCGCCUACAUCCUCAAGUUCUGCAUUCUUGGCUGGGGUCUCCCGUUGGUGAUCGUCAGCCUGGUGUUAGCAGUGAAGAUGGAUGCCUAUGGCAGUGCUCUGUAUCAUGAAAAUAUUCAACCGCUGGAUGGAUCUGAGCAGUUCUGCUGGCUGCAGGAUGAUGUUGUCUUCUACGUGUCUGUGGUGGCCUACGUCCUCCUGAUUCUGCUGUGCAACAUCUCAGUGUUCGUAGUGGUCUUGGUCCAGCUUUGCAACAUCCAGCCUCCUGGCAGUCGCACUGGGCUCCUGCGUGACCUACGGGGUGUGACCAGCCUCACCUUCCUGCUGGGCCUCACCUGGAUUAUGGCCUUCUUCACCUGGGGCCCUGCUAAGGUGCCGCUGCUCUACCUCUUUGCCAUCCUCAACAGCUUGCAAGGGUUUUUUAUUUUCGUCUUCUACUGCUUGAUGAAGGAGAGUGUGCAGAAGCAGUGGAGGAUCCACCUCUGUUUCGGCCGCUUCAGACUGGCAGACCACUCAGACUGGAGCCAAACGGUGUCCGGGGGUGUGAAGACAAGGCUGCACCCACUGGUCCAUACUCCCUCGGUGAAGUCUGAGAAAUCGGAUCACUCCAGCUCUACCAGCAGCAGCUCGGGCUGCACCCAGUAUGACCACCAGCCCGGCUCGCUCACGAGACUCACUAAAGGAUUGUCCACAAAGGCCCUGGUGUUGCCACGAGCCCAGUUUCGCUCCUCCCCUCUCUCAUACCCAGAAUGAAGCUCACAGAAGGCGCCUCCACAGCUUACUCACCCUCUGAAAACCCUGCACUGCUUCAGUCAUGUGCCCCAGGCAUGCUUUCUGUGAAGGGUGGAAAUGCACUGAUCACACCAUGCCUGGGUCCCGAUUAAAGGGCUUAAAACUGCGACUGAAUCACAUUACAGACCCUCCUAGUCAAAUGUUCUCACACCACAUUCAACAGUCUGUGUUAAGCCCAAUUAAUACUUCACCUUUCUGCAUGCCGUUAUGAUCUGUGCACAGUGUGUGCCACAUAAAUGUCUUAAUCAUUGUUCUCCGGUGGAUUGACGUGAAGCCCAGAUUUUGGGUCUAGCAGGCUUUGUGCGUGUUGGUGUGUGUCGACUCUGUGUGAUUGACUCUGUGAUCCCAGUAGGUGGCAGCACUGACUUUCACAGAGCAGAAGUUAAAGAGGAGAGAGUAAAAGAAGAAGAGUAGUUGCAGUUAUGGAUGCUUUUGAUGAGUAGCUGUGAGGAGAUGCAGAGGUACCUGCAUAUACAUAUUUAACUCAUCACUGAGAGAGCACAACGAUGUAUUCAUAUACUAAAUUUGUGGAAGAAACAUAAAAUAGAAGAAGAAUAGAAAAAUAAUAGAAAUUCUAAAAGUGGAGAUGGAAAUAUCUGCCAUCUGCUGGUCAUCUGCUAGUAUGUAUACGGAGACAGCAGCCACCCUAUUACAAUAGUAAUAUGUACACUAGAGUCCACGCGCACAACUGUGUGUGAACCGUAAUAGGAAGCAGAAAAGUGAAGCAUGAACUUGGAAGUAAUGUGUCCCACGAAGGAAAAUUGUCCUUGGUGAAAAUUCCCUGAAUUUGCAAUUGCACAUGUCUGGUGUGGAUAAAUUCCCAAACCAAAAGCAGAAAUACUGGAGCAGUCUUGUUAUUUAUAAUCUUUUAUUUAAACUUAAAUAGUGAAAAACUCUUUGCAAUCACCAUAGUGUAACUGAAAUCCAUAGUGUUACUGAAAUGUUAUGUUUGCACAUUUUACUUUCUGUGAUAAAACUUGUUUUACAUAAUUGGUUUUUUACCAUAAUUGGAAGUACAAAACAUGAAAUAUGUUGGUUAUUGG